AGCCAGCAUCACUUCAAAUUCUGCACGAUGACGGUAUCAGAUGGCCCAAUUAAGAGCUCUGCAUAUCUUGAGGCAGUGAAACAUCGUCGUACCGUCUAUGGCCUAACCGACAAAAUUUCAGUCUCCGAUGACCGCAUUAUCGAGAUUGCAAACGAAGUCAUCCAGACCAUUCCUUCGUCAUGGAAUGUACAGAGCACACGCAUUCUGGUGACGCUAGGCAAGGAGCACAAGAGGUUCUGGGACGCGGUCAUCGCUGCUGCAAAGCCAUUCAUUCUCGAAAACCAAGGCGAGGAGGAUUGGAAGCGUAAUGAAGAACGUUACGAAUCAUUCCGGGCUGCCUAUGGCACAAUCUCUGUCAUUGAGGACCACGCACCUAUCGAGAAACUCCAUGAGAAGUUCACCAAGUUCCCCAUCACCGUCUUCGAGGGUUUUGCCGAGCACUCCAACGCUAUGCAUCAGAUUACCCUUUGGACUGCCCUUGAACUCGAAGGCCUCGGUGCUAGCUUGCAGCACUCGAAUUUUAUUCCAGGCGUGGAAGACGGCAUCAGGUCUGCAUUCCAGCUUCCGUCAUCUUGGUCCGUGAAGGCAGAGAUAGUGUUUGGCGGGCUAUCUGGCGAGAGACCGACUGUCCCGAAGAAAGAACCCGUCUCUACUACUGUGAAAAUCUUCAAAUAA